AUGGCUACAGAGGAAACGACAAGCAGCACGGCCAAUGGUCGACGGUAUGAACAUCUUUCGAGUCCUGACCCGGUCUGGUUGCAGGUCGCAGAGAAACACCAGGUUCUCGAGCCGCUGGCGGACAAGCUGUACAGUCUUCCGAUCGAAGAGUUUCGCAAGGUGCCGUACAAACCACCACCGCUACCAGCAAACGCUCCUGUGAUUGGGAAGGACGUCGCGGUCGAGCAGGCCGAGAUCACGGUGCGAGACGGUGCAAAGAUUGCGGCGCGAAUAUGUCGCCCGAUCGAGCGCAAGGACGGCUCAGUACUGUUCUUUAACAUACACGGAGGAGGAUGGACUGUCGGAACGCCUGAGACUGAGGAGGCCGUAAGCCGUCAGGUGGCCGUCCAGAACAAGGCUGUUGUUGUCAGCAUUGAUUACAGAAGAGCACCAGAGUAUCCAUUUCCGUAUGCUCUGAAUGAUUCAAAGGACGCACUUCUGUGGUGCAAGGACCAUGCAAAGUCUCUCGGAAUAGAUCCAGAGAGAUUAAUCAUUGGAGGCGGCAGCGCCGGUGCAAACAUUGCAAGUCCUAUAUUACCAUUGUAUCCUGUCACCAAACCUAGAACUAACAUUGCAACCGUGACUCAGGCUGCUGCACUUUCCCACAUAGCACGAGAUGAAGGUAUUGGUGGCAUAAUUGGACAGGUCCUGAACAUACCUGUUACUUGCCAUCCGGACCAUUUCCCCACAUCAAAGUACGAGUAUCACUCCUUUGAGCAGAACGCAGGCUCGCCAAUUGUGAACGCCUUCAGAAUGAGAAAGUUUUGGGGCUUCUAUCUUCCCACGGCAGACGCCAACCCGCUGGCCAGUCCGCUUCUGUCCAAGUCAUUCACGGGGUUGCCCCCAGCACUCGUACAAGUUGCUGGAAUGGACCCUCUCAGAGACGAAGGGCUGGCGUACGCGGAGGAGCUGAAAGCAAACGGAGUGGACGUGGUGCUCAAUGUCUACAAAGGGCUACCACAUGCAUUUUACAUCUAUCCUGACUUGCCACCGUCUGCGCGGUAUACGCAGUCUGUGGUGGACUGGAUUGAACAGCUGUUGGCGAAGACGGGUGGGCAGUAG